AUGGUGAGUGGAAAGCACAUCCUAGUCCUGACAGACAACGUAGCGGCCCACGUGAACAGACAGGGCAGCACCCACUCCAAGGCUCUUCGCGACGAGGCGCUGCGGCUGGGAAACUGGGCAGAGAAGCACCUGCCGUCCAUCAGAGCAGAACACAUCUCCGAAACAGAGAACCAUCAGGCAGACUGGCUCAGCAGAGAGACGAUCGACAACGGAGAGUGGCAGCUCCACCCCUUGAUCUUCCACCAGAUCUGCAAGAGGUUCGGUCAUCCGACUGUGGACCUGUUCGCGACCCCACAGAACGCCCAGCUGCCAGAGUUCGUUUCGAGGUUUCCAACCGCGGGAGCCAUGGACACGGAUGCUCUUCGGUGCAGUGAUAUUAAGCAAGAAGGAUACCGUGAGGGCCCACCUUAUCAACGGCGUGGGUCGCUGCAGCUUUGGCAGUUCCUGGUGGCUUUGCUGGAUGAUCCAAGCAAUUCCCAUUUUAUUGCCUGGACGGGUCGAGGAAUGGAAUUCAAACUCAUUGAACCAGAAGAGGUGGCACGACUUUGGGGCAUUCAGAAGAAUCGUCCGGCUAUGAAUUAUGACAAGUUGAGUCGUUCCCUUCGUUACUAUUAUGAAAAAGGCAUUAUGCAAAAGGUGGCUGGUGAGCGUUAUGUGUACAAGUUUGUCUGUGAGCCUGAGGUGCUGUUCUCCCUUGCUUUUCCUGACAAUCAGCGUCCAACUCUGAAGGCUGAAUUUGAGUGGCAUAUCAGCGAGGAAGACACAGUGCCUUUGUCACACUUGGAUGAAAAUGCUGCCUACCUGCCAGAUCUGGGAGGUGCCCAGCCUUAUGGGAAAAGCUGCACAUACUAGCCAACAGCAAAAUGGACUAAUCACAUCUGGGAGAGUUAUGUGUGCGUGUAUGUAUCUGUAUAUAUUUAUACAUAAAUAAAUAAAUAUAUAUAUAUAUAAAUAUAU